AAUACAUCACAACACGAUAUUCUGAUUAGGAAUUUCAAGCUGACGCCAUUGUAAAACUUGGUAGUUAACGCAGUGAGGUCUCCGGUGACAGAUUGAUGAUCUGCAAAAAACACAGAGGUUUCAUAUGAUUUUUAAAGAAAACAUUAGAAAGUACGUAUUACAGGCUGCUAUUAUAGCAAAAAAAUGUUUCCAUUCGGAAGAGAGUAUGCAAACACCUUGAACGCUCAUAAUAUCAAGAUUUCUGAACUUUCCUCGUCCGUUAUGACGUCACAACCUCGUAAAUUAAUUCACCUGCCCAAAGUCAGGAUGCUCAGUAGUGGGGGACCAACAAAAUCCGGUAUCCGGAUAACAAAUGUGAGGACUAUAAAGCCUCCAGACCCGGAACACGUGAAGAAACAGGAAGAGGAGAAACUGAGGGCUCAGGUCCAAAAGGAGAUCGCCUCGCGGUGUCGCUCGUGCGCGUACAAGGGCUACGAAUGCUUGCAGCCCGUGCUGUCUGGUCGGCAGUACUGCUACAGACAUGUGCUCCGCGACCCGACCGCCCCCUACAGGCAGUGCGUGCACAACUAUGCCAACGGGGAGAGGUGUACGUUGCCGGCACCCAUGGACACUAAUGAUCCCCGGGACCCUGGGUUGUGUUUCGAGCACGCCCGCGCCGCCCUCGCCCUCCGCCAGCGCCAGGCCGCGCCCCCUCCGCCCCUCCCCACCACCGAGACGCUGCUCCACCAGCUCAGCCACUACAUACAAGCAGAGAGGCCCCGCACGACGUCAUGUGCGUCUUCAGUGUCCGUUGUAAGCGACCCAUCGGAACCAGAACAGUCUUCUCCGACAGUACUAGAUCCAUUCAAACAAAUAGACGCGAGGUCGGUGAAUGCAUCGUACUCAGCGUCCAUACAAGAGUACUGCAGUGCCUCUGACAGUGACGGUGACAGUGUCAAGCUGGGGGAAAACGGGGAAUGUAGCUCGGGGGACGAUGAACUCGCACCUGUUGAAGAGCUACCAUUAUGGCGUGCCGGUGUGUACACCGCCGAAGAAACUGUAAGUGAAGCGAGAAAUGCACUAAAACUAUUGCAAAUGGCGUACGUCAAUCAAAUGGGGCGUCUCCGGGUGCUGCUACAGAUGUCCCGGGCUAAAUACGUGAAGGCUCUCAAGGCUGAGAAGGAACACUACUGCAGUAUAAACACGCAAACCCGCAACGGUCCGCCCACGGCUCGCGAGAGGAGGCAACUGCGGAAACUGAAGGCCUUUGCUUCAUAUCACAAGAAACACGGUGUGGAUGCUGUGCUCGGCAGGAAGCUACAUCAUAAGAGAGCCAAAGUCAACGACCCACACCCAUCCCGGCCGGUGCCGUCCACGUGUCGCUGCACGUUCUCCGAGGGCGGCGUGCGGUGCCCCGCGCAGGCGCUGCCGGCCGCCAAGCACUGCCUCAAGCAUAUACUGCACGACAGACAUCAAGCGCUGUACAUAGCGUGCGGCGUGUGCGAGUGCGCCGAGGUGUUGCCCCUGGCCCCGCUGCCCUCCUCCGUGUGUCGCUACCACACGCAGCCGCCGCCCUACACGGUCUUCGCACCCAAGAGAGAUGAGACAGAGAGCGAGUCAGAAUCAAACUCCUCAUCGGACGAGUCACGAACAGAAGCAGCCGAAUCAGAAGUACACACGGAUGCACAGGACUCACUGCGGUGACAGCAGCUUGACAUACUCUACUACAUGCUCAGUGGGGACCAAUAGUGAGCUCGGAGUGAGACAUCAACGAUAAACUGUGUCAGUGUUGAGUGUUGUCCUUAUAAAUUCCUUAUAAAUUCUUGUGUGAAUGUGUUAAAAUGUGUUAAAAUAAUUAUAUAACACUACUUUCAAUAACCAAAGAUGAAAUUGACAGGUAAUGUGGAAAUAAUCUAUUGCAAAUGUAAAAUCAUAAUUUAUAGUUAUUACAAUUAUUAUUUAGUGAACAAUUUGACUGUGAUCAGUUUUGUACUUUUAAUUAAAAAACGUUGAUUAUGACGUAAAUUUUGAUAUGUUUUGGAAUGUACACUUCCUCAUACUAAUUCUUGCAUGCAGAGUAGCUUAUUAUGGUUACUGAGCCAACACGAGAAGUUCCAAAUAGUUAGUCUUUAUACUGAACAUAUAAAGUUUUGGUAUUCACUACUCAAUGACCACAGAAUAGUAAAUUCUUGUUGACUUACUGCUGUGUGGAUAUGUGUAGAAAUAAGUACUAAAGAAAAAUAAUGGCCAUGCCAUUGUAGUACGCGCUAUGUCAGUAUUGUAAUUUAAAAUAUUUUAUACCACUAACGUCUGACAAAGUCGAUUGGUGAUAAUUUCUGAAUGCAUGUUAAGUGUACGUUGAUGUUUCUAAGAGUAUGGAAAAGUGUAACAGAAUCAAUUCAAAAAAACUUUGUAAAUAAAUAAGUGGUAUUAUUAGAACUUUAAUAUACUGAGUAUAAGCGAACUGUUCCCGAAAUACAGUCGGUAAUUUAGGUUAUUCCCGAGUGGAGACAAAAUGUUUAUGGUUAAAGAAAUUUACUUCACUUUGUAACGGUUAGAAAACAUGCAAUAUAACACACCUAAAUAAACACAUGGGUAUCUAUCUACCUCGAGUGACGCAGAGGUGAUUUUGGUGGGAUGGCAGGUUUACUAAAUAUGAACUUAUACAACAAAAUUGUGCUCAAAAUCACCAAAGACUUUUCGGGAACCGUUUCAUGUAUAUAAAAUGUCUCUUAUGCAAUCGGUGCAAGUGUACGCCUUGAUUUAUUGUUUGUUAAAGCUAAUGUCAGUCAAAAUUGCUCGAAUAAAAAUACCUUGAACUAUGCAAA